AGAGCCAGUGUAGAAUGCUGUGUUACUUUGUAACACUCUGUUUGUUUGUACACAUUUUAUUCUUGUGUCUGUGCGCCAGUGAGCAACCAGGUUUAUUAAUCGUCUGCUCUCGUAGUCAGUGUCGGCUGAGUUGUGUCACCACACUGUUGUUAACUCCCUUGAUUCUGUUUAUGACAAAGUUAGUGUCAGUCUGACAGUCAUUCUAAAAAAUGUACCGUCUUUUUUUUUCUUUAGCUCCAGAAUUAGAUCUAGCACAUGAUGAAAAAAUAAAGUCUACCGAGGAAAACAAAAUUGUAAAGAAUCUAAAUCUAGGAGUUUUUUUCAAAAAGCUAAAAGACUAGAAUUUAUAUUCCAAUGUGAUAAUAGUGUUUGUAUUUCUAUAGGUCAGUGCGUUUUAUGUUUACACUCGGUGUAGAUUCUAGAUCCCGUCUGGUAACAGGCAAUGAACAGUAAUGUGUUAAAACACUGUUAGUACCAUUGUUAACAAUGAGGUGAUCUUUAUGUGUGUGCGCGUGUGUGACUUUCUACCCCGUUGGUUAUGACCACUUCGUUGCUAGUUGAAUACCAGUCUGUGAUACUGUUGGGAUGACCUUCCCGAGGUGACCGCUAUGACGUUAUGGAUAAAAUUUUGCUCAGGAAAAAUUCGGACUCUAGGAAGAGCGACAACGGCAAGAAAUUGCCGGAACCGGACAGCGGACCCAGCUCGCCCCUCAUUUUGGAGGACAUGAGUAUGUUUUACUUCAGACAGCUGGUGACCAGUCUUAAGGACAAUGACCUUCAGCAGAAAAUUGACCAUGAGAUUAAGAUGCGAGAAGGGACAGCUCGUCUGUUGGUGGCCAGCAAACAUCCAGCUCAGGUUUUGGAGGCUGCCAAAAACUUACUUUCAUCAAAUACACGUAUCAUUGCCUACAUGACAGAACUACAGCGCAGGAAAACUGCAGAAGUCUUGGGCAAACAAAGUUCUGUUGAAGGCAACCAACUACCUUGCAGUGCUCAACUCAGUGUCUCAGAUAUUCGUAUUCCACUGAUGUGGAGAGAUGCUGAUCACUUCAGAAACAAGGGAGAUUAUCGCCGCUAUGCUGUGUUCUGUUUACUGAAGGUUGGAACUGAAAUCUAUGACACAUCCAUGAUCAGUGAUGUGGAUAGGAGUAUGACAGACAUCACCUUUGAAGAUGUUAUUCAUUUUGACGAUGUGCCCCAUGAUUUUGAGAUGAAACUUGAAGUCUACUGUCACAAACUUCAUGAAGAGUUUUCUGUUGCCAGCACACCAAAGAAGCUGCGCAAAAAAAUAAAUGACAUCUCUGGUUCAGUCGGCCGCAGUGUUGGAAAACGGUUGUCUGGCCUUAAUGAUGCUGAUGUUAUUGGAAACAUGGUCUUAGGUCCAAAGUUUGAACUGGUGGCCAAAGGUUCUUUACAUCUUUCAGACGUGGACAAUUCUGUUAGGACAUAUGAUCUUCAGUUGGAGACCAAUGCAGAAGGUCAAGUUCAUGAACUGCCUUUGUUUGGUCACUAUUGUUGCCGUCUGGCUGCACUGCCACAUUGUCUAGUCCAGCCUACAGUUACUGGGUUUUUAAAUUUACAGGAGGAUGACGAUCUCUCCAAAUGGAAACGCUACUGGUGCUCAUUAAAAAACUUGCAGUUAUCCUGCUGGUCAAGUCCCGAUGAUGUUGAAGUCAUCCAGCCGUUGUUAUCUAUACCAGUGACCAAGAGCACACAAAUCAGUGAUGCAGACCCAACCACCAGUCAAAAAUCUCAUUCCUUCCUUAUUAAGACAGUCAACAUCAACGGCAUUUUCUGCCACACGUUAGCAGCAGACACAAAGGAGGAGUUGAAUAAGUGGUGGGACGGGUUCCAGCAACAUUUACUUGACCAAGCUUUGUGGAAACAUGCUUGUGAUGAAGUCAUGGAUCUGAAAAGUGCUACCAGGAGGAAACUACCAGCCUUUGUUAGGAAAAGUUCUUUAUAUGAGGACACACCACUCAUUGAGCCAGAGAACAAUGGGGAUAGUCUUGUGAGUGACCUUGGCAAUGACCAGUUGACCCAAAUGCUUCACACAUUGAUGGGGGAGGCAAGUCAAAUCAGGGGAGGCACAUCAUCACAAUCAUGAAGCUAGACACAUUUGACUUAUCUCAUCUUGAUAUGUUGUGGGGUUUUUUUUUUUUGUGAAAAAUUAAGUUUAGGGGACAUAAUCAAAGAAUGAUUAGUUGUUUUAGGAGUUAGGUUAUCUUCUUUUAAGUUAUUUGUUAAAAAAUAUGUUUAAUUAGAAGCUGAUAUGAUAUUGUUCAAGAGACCUCAUGAGUUUAGUUGUUUUUUCUUAGCAAUAUUACUUUUGUUUACAAUUAUUUUGAUCCAGCAAUUUAUUUGUGUGUUUACUGAAGGCAGCUGUUACCUAUGCAUACUGCAAGUUAACCUGCAUGGUGGAAGAAUGAAAGAAUGUCAUUUUGUUUUUGGUUGAUUCUAUCAUCUUAUCAUCGACUAUGAAAUCCCUCGUGCACAACUUUGUUGCCAUUGACUGAUUAGAGGAGUGGUUACCAUUUGUCAGUGUUUAGCUUAGCAAACUUCUUUAUUUUGUUUAAACUGAAAUUACAAAUUGAGAUUCUUUUUUUUAUGUAAGUGGAAAAUUCAUCUUUCCUGAUACAAUCAAAUUUCCAUCAAAUGUAAAUGCCAGAUGAUAUAAUAAAUGGACUGUUUUAAAGAAACUAUAGUAUAUUUUUUUAAUUAAAAAUACUUUCUGAUUAUUUAUAAUGCAGUUUAAAAAAAUAAUUUUGUUAACACCAGCUAAUACUAUACUUAGUAACUUGAUAACCCAAUACUUAGUAGAAUGUUUUGUGUGUCAGUAAGCUAGUGUAUCACUACAUUGUAUCACUGUGACAGUAUAUAUUAGUUAACCCCCUGGAUUUGAUUGUUUAAGCACCGGAUCAUUCCUUGAUAGUCACAUUUUAACUUUGCAUUUUAGAGACUUAGACAAGAAUUGGAACAGAAAUGUUGUUUUAAAUUUUAAACUUAAUCUAGCCAAUGUAGGGUUUCCCUCAAGUUUUUCUUCUUCCCCUUGAAGUCAGCUAGAAAUACUUGCCGCAGACUUUACUGCUAUAAUGAAUACUUGAAUUAUAACUGAAGAAAAAAUGAGAAGAUAAAAUAUCAGUUUGAGUUAGGCUCAAUUUUUUAAAACAAAUUUCAAAUCUUUAUAACUGUAGUUUGAAAUUUAUAAUUUUAAUUCUUAUUUUUGUUAUACUGUAUCAAAUUUAAGGAAGAUGUUUUUAUUGUGGCUUGUUAUAAGAGUUGUGUAGGCUUCUUAGUUAUGUUUAAAUUUUAGGUCAUCCUUAAUUCAAUGCCAACUAUCCGCUUGCAUUUUAUUUUAAAAAAUGAGAACACUAUUUAGUCACCCUUCUAACAUCUCUCAAUUGGUGUGUGACUAUUUAUUGAUACUAGAUUAAUUUGAAGUAAUCUGUUUUUGAUUAAUUAAAGUUUAUUGAACUUAUCUUGGAGACCUAAGCACCCAAAAUGUCUGCUAUUCAGAUACUUGUUCACUUCUACUUCAAUGUAGUGAUUUGUUUGGUGUAGCCAGUGUCCUGCUCAGUUUAUUGACCAUUCCCAGAUAUAGCAAUAGCCCAUUGAUUGUGUAGCUGACAUAGUCUCUUCUGUCUGCUUCCUGCAUUACUUCUUGUGACUUACAUGGAGCUGUGUAAUCUGUCCAAUUAGUUAAAUACAGUAACUAAAAAACAUCAUAAUUCAGUUUUGUUUUUUAAAUAUACUGUUUUUUCUACUACCAAAAAACUUUUGUAUAGAACUAAAAAGAAUUUUAGAGUUUCUGUUCAAAGAGAAAUCAAUGAACUGUUAACUAUUGUCACACUUUGUGUACAGCUUUGUUUUGGGGAGUGAGUAGAAUUGGAUUCCCCGGACUUUUCUAUUUAUGACUUGGCAGGUUGUACAAACUAUUAGAGCAACUGUGCUAAGCCAUGGUUGUCCUGUACUGUGAUGAAUGAUGCCAACUUAAGUUCUAUUUCACAUUUGUUUUGUUCUAUUGGGAUGAAAUGUUAUUCCAGUCUUUUGUAUCACACAAUGUCAUUGAGGGGCAAAGUGAAUGAUGGGUUCAAAAUGUCAUGCUAAUAUUUUGUUUAUGUAACAGAUUUAUGUACUGUGUAACUAUCAAAUAGUUUUGUUUUGUUUUUUUAAAUGGAGGAGCCAAAUAAAUAAGUCAAUAAAUCAGUAAAUACCCUAGGUUGAAAAUAAAACUUUAUUUCCUAAACUAGAAAGGUAAUGGCCAAAAGAUUGGUUCUAAUGUUUGGGAUAUCAUUUAAAAAAAAAUAAUUUUGGUGAAUGUUUCUUAGAAGCAACUUUUUAAGAUGCAUUUUUUAAGAAAUAAUUUUUGUUUUCUUUCUGUCACUAAAUUUAAAAGUAAUUGAACUAGGAUUUAAAAAAAAACAACUUCCAAGACUUGAUGUCUUGCACACAAGAGUUUUGAGUGUUGUACAACGAUCAGGUCUUUAUUCAGUUGUGAUGAAUGUUUAGCCUAAGACUAUUUGAGAACCAAUCUUACAACAAAUGUCUUAUGACAAGAACAUUUUUUUAGACUAAUGACAUUUAUUAUUCUGAUUUAUAUACAUGUCAGGCUUGUACCUUCUCUGAACAUAAUAAAUGACCAUUUACAAAGUA